AUGGUUGCCCCGAAACUCAUGCAGCAACCUGGCUUGACUGCUGCCGCUCUCGAAUCAUCCGCCCGCCAAUUGAACCCCUAUGUCCAGAGCCAUGCCAACAGCCCUGUCGCUUGGCAGCUCCUCGACGACGAGACAAUCGCCCUCGCGAAGAGGGAGAACAAGCUAAUCUUUCUCAACAUUGGCUUCAAAGCGGCAUCUGCUGACGCACUCGCAGACUGCAGGCUAACCUCGAUUGAGUCCUUCUCCCAUCCGGAAUGCGCCGCUCUCCUCAACCAAGAUUUCGUGCCCGUUAUCAUCGACAGGGAGGAACGUCCCGACAUUGAUACCAUAUACAUGAACUAUGUCCAGGCCGUCAAUGGCGCCGGAGGCUGGCCUUUGAACCUCUUCCUGACCCCCGAACUGGAGCCCGUAUUUGGCGGCACCUACUGGCCCGGGCCCGGAGCCCGCCUCAAGACGGGCCCCGAAGAGGAGGAGGGCGUUGAUUUCCUGACCAUCCUCAAGAAGCUCACCAAGGUCUGGCAAGAGCAGGAGGCGCGUUGCCGCCAGGAGGCCAGGGAGGUUCUCGUCAAACUGCGCGAGUUUGCCGCCGAGGGCACCCUGGGCACCCGGAGUACGGUACAGAUGAGCAAGAUCGGCUUGAGCUCUUCAUCCACCGCACCCGUCGCGUCGGCCGUCUUGACCGAGCACCUCCAACCAACCAAGUCGUCGGACGCCGAUGUAUCCAGCGAGCUGGACUUGGAUCAGCUCGAGGAGGCCUAUUCGCACAUUGCCGGCACCUUUGACCCCAUCUACGGAGGGUUCGGUCUCGCCCCCAAGUUCACUGUCCCGGCCAAGCUCUCCUUCUUGCUUCGUCUGCCGCAUUAUCUUUCUCCCGUCCAGGACGUCGUCGGCCCUACCGAAUGCGCCCACGCCACCGAGAUGGCCCUCUUCACCCUGCGCAAGAUAAGCGACGGCGGCCUACGUGACCACGUCGGCGGCUGCGGCUUCUCCCGUUAUUCCAUCACCCCCGACUGGAGCAUCCCCCACUUCGAGAAGCUGACCGUCGACAACGCCCUCCUCCUGGGACUGUAUCUCGAUGCCUGGCUCAUCAGCAACGGGGACAAGGAUGGUGCUUUCUACGACGUCCUCAUCGAGCUAGCCGACUACUUCUCCAGCCCGCCCGUGCGCCUUCCCCAUGGCGGCUUUGCCUCGAGCGAGGCCGCGGACUCGUACUAUCGCCGCGGCGACAAGGAGAUGAGAGAGGGGGCUUACAACCUGUGGACACGCAAGGAGUUUGACGCCGUCAUUGGCAAUGACCACGAGGCCAAUAUCGCCGCCACCUACUGGAACAUCCGCGAGCACGGCAACGUCGAACCCGACCAGGACCCCAACGACGAAUUCAUGAACCAGAACAUCCCGCGCGUGCUCAAGGAGAAGGGCGAAAUCGGUCGCAUGUUUGGCGUCAGCACCGAGGAAGUCGAUCGCGUUAUCAAGUCGGCCAAACGGAAACUGAAAGCCCACAGGGAGAAGGAGCGCGUCCGGCCCGAACUCGACGACAAGGUCAUCGCCGGGUGGAACGGUCUCGUCAUUGGUGCCCUCUCCCGGACAGCCGCCGCGCUUCGGACCAUCGAUCCGGAAAAGAGUGGGAACUACCUCGGAGCGGCUAUCCAGGCAGCCGACUUUGUGCGCUCGCAUCUCUGGGAUCCUCAAGAGAAGGUGUUGUACAGGAUCUAUAGGGGGGUACGGGGACAUACCAAGGCCUUUGCCGACGACCAUGCCUAUCUCAUCGAGGGACUCAUAGACCUCUACGAGGCGACGGGAGAAGAGAAUUGUCUACUAUUCGCCGACGAGCUCCAGCAAACCCAGAUCAACUUGUUCUACGACGAUUUAACCCCGGUCUCAACGACGUCACCCAAUACGUUGCCCGCCCGCUCAUCUUGCGGCGCCUUCUACACUACCCCGGAUCCCACCCCCCAUGCUAUUCUCCGCCUCAAAGACGGAAUGGACACCUCCAUCCCGGCUACCAACGCCAUUGGCGUUUCCAACUUGUUCCGUCUCGGGGUCACGCUGGGCUCUGAGACGUACCCUGCGCUGGCCCGCGAGACCAUCAACGCCUUCGAGGCCGAGGUCUUGCAGUACCCUUGGCUCUUCCCCGGCCUCCUCUCGGGCGUCGUCAGCGCUCGCCUAGGUGGCAAGAUCUGGGCAAUUGUCCGCGAUCCGGCCGGCAACGACGGCGAAACCACCCACAAAUUGCUUACCAAGCUAUACGGUGAAGCUCGCGGCGGCCUCCGGAAUAUAUUCAUUAUUAAGACCGAGAAUGACCUCGUCGUGCAGCGAAACCCGCCUCUCGCCGACAUAGUGAAGCAGGGCCCCGGGGCGUAUAUCUUCGACAAUGGACACUUCCGACCUUGCACCAAGACGGAUGUCGAGUAUUAG